GAAAUUUGUGAAAAAACUCUUCCUUCAAAUCAUCCUGAUUUGGCUAUUUCAUACAACAACAUCGGUUUGGUGUAUGACAACAUGGGAGAGUACUCAAAAGCACUUUCAUAUUACGAAAAAGCACUUGAAAUUAAACAAAAAACUCUUCCUUCAAAUCAUCCGUCAUUGGCUACUUCGUACAAUAGCAUCGGUUUGGUGUAUGACAACAUGGGAGAGUACUCAAAAGCGCUUUCAUAUUAUGAACGUGCUCAGGACAUAAACCAGCGUACAUUACCUCCAACUCAUCCUCAUAUAAAAAUUACGAAAGAGAAUAUUGAAAUUGUAAAAAAGAAAUUAUAA